UAGUAAAUAACAAAACGGAAGAACAUGUUGGUAUCUCUCUGAAAACUUGCAAAACCUGAGAAGCUAGCCUGUUUAAAACAGGAAGCUAUGUUGUUUACUACCUGACUGGUGUAUGUGAUCAAAUGUUAUCUCUGUUUCAUUAGCAGUGAGACCUAAGUUACUACUGGACUCAUAAAGGACUUAGCAAAAAUCAUCAGAGACAAGUAAAAUGGCAUCCAACGAAGAGGAACUCAAGACUGUUGUUGAAACCUUUGAGACCACACCCUAUGAAUAUGAGUGGGCACCACCCUGUGAAAAAGUCAGCAUCAGAGAGCUGGGGUCAUGGCUCCUGCCUCCACUGUACUCCCUGGUGUUCAUUGUCGGCCUCCUGGGCAACAUGAUGGUUGUGUUGAUCCUCAUAAAGUACAGGAAGCUGCAAAUUAUGACUAAUAUCUACCUACUCAACUUGGCAAUUUCUGACCUGCUCUUUCUCUUCACUGUCCCAUUCUGGAUUCAUUAUGUUCUGUGGAAUGAGUGGGGUUUUGGCCACUGCAUGUGUAAAAUGAUCUCUGGGCUUUAUUACCUGGCCUUGUACAGCGAGAUCUUUUUCAUCAUCCUGCUGACAAUCGACAGGUACCUGGCUAUCGUUCAUGCUGUGCUGGCCCUUCGAGCCCGAACUGUGACUUUUGCUACUAUCACCAGCAUCAUCACUUGGGGUCUUGCAGUAUUGGCAGCACUGCCUGAAUUUAUCUUCCAUGAGUCCCAAGACAAUUUUGGAGAUCUUUCCUGCAGUCCUCGCUACCCAGAGGGCGAAGAAGACAGCUGGAAGCGUUUCCAUGCUCUAAGAAUGAACAUUUUUGGUUUAGCUCUUCCUCUCCUCAUUAUGGUUAUCUGCUACUCAGGAAUCAUUAAAACUCUGCUUAGAUGCCCCAAUAAAAAAAAACACAAGGCCAUCCAGCUUAUUUUUGUUGUCAUGAUAGUCUUUUUUAUUUUUUGGACUCCAUACAACCUGGUUCUUCUUCUGUCUGCUUUCCACAGCACAUUUUUGGAGACCAGCUGUGAGCAGAGCAUACACCUGGACCUGGCCAUGCAAGUGACUGAGGUGAUUACCCACACCCACUGCUGUAUCAAUCCAAUAAUCUAUGCCUUUGUUGGUGAGAGGUUCCGGAAACACCUUCGGCUCUUUUUCCACAGAAAUGUGGCAAUCUACCUGAGAAAAUAUAUUUCGUUUCUUCCUGGCGAGAAACUGGAAAGAACAAGCUCUGUCUCCCCAUCAACUGGGGAGCAAGAAAUCUCUGUGGUGUUUUAGUUGGGCAGAGAAAACUGCCCCUCAUUCUAUGGACUGGAGGCAAACACAUUAAGUCAACCAUAACGACCUCUAGUUCAGUCAUUUGUACUUUCCAGGCACUUCUGAUGCUCUCAAAGACCUGAAAAUACACAUAAUGAUCGAAAUAUAUCUUCAUGUACCCCAAGGUCAUUUCUGGAGGCCAUGUGCUGGCCAGUUGAUAAUUCAUCAGACAUGAAAAGGACAGCUUUUCUUGAUUCUCUAAAGAGUUACAUAUGUUUUGAUUCACUUAAAUGUUAAAUAAUCCAUUCAGGACAAGUA